AUGCUUGAGGAAGCUAAACCAUCAUUGAAAGGGUUUUUUGAUAAACUAAUAGCUGGAACUAAUCCACAAACCAAAAGUUAUAUGACUAAUGACAAAAAUAAGAAGAAAUUUUGUUAUUUCCUAGCAGGACUUAAUAACAAGUUUAUUAAUAGGGUUAAGGCAGAGAUUGGGCUUUUACUUGAUGCAUCUGGAGCAUCUUCAGCUGCAAUAGAAACCAUGGCUGGUGCAGGCUUAACUGUAAGACGAAUGACAAUUGCAAGACAGAAAGCUCAGACGGAAACGUUUACUGAUUUGACGUCUGCAUCGGAAACACAUGAUGAACGGGUUGAAAGACUUUUAAUUCAUACUACGAUGACAGGAUCGAACUGCCCGAAGCAUGCAGAAUACGAAGUUGGUGGAUCUGAAAGAAGGACCGCUUCAUUCCACUGA